AGCGGUUCGCCGCGGACAGUCCCGCGAAGGAAAGAAGUCCAGUCCCAAGCAUGCCCGGGACCAAUGAGGAGCAGCCGAAUUCGGCUGCAGCUCCGGCGGAGGCGCCCGCUGGAGCUGCAGCUGAGCCUAGCCCUCCAGAGGACCGGUCAAGACAGUGCCGAAAGGUAAGCGCAACGCGUUCAUGUGCCUGCUGCUUGUGUCAAAAGACUUGGAGCAAGGGAGAGCUGUGCAGAACUGUGUGCACAGAGCGCAUCGUGUGAGCCGAUAUUUUUUUGAAGCGAAUCGACCGAGGCCGAGGUCAGAGGUUUACACGACACGCCAGGACAUGAGACAAGACACAGUUGGCUUAAGCUUUUUCUGCCUCGACUCGACUCAAGUCGAGACAUGUCGCUUCUAGGGUCCUUGGCAAAGGAUUCCUCAGAGACAGGUGAGGAUGUGAAGAUGGAUUCGGAUCGUGAGUCCAAUGUAGGCGAUGGCGAUGGCGAUUCGCAAUCAGGAAACUCCGAGGAUGUUGACCUUUCUUUCCCAGACAACGUGUGCCAUAUGUGUGAGCAACAGUUUGGGGCUGAAGACGAGGACGCACCAGAGGGUCACUCCUGCACAGUGCAAGCUUCAAAAGGGGAUUCUGAUGGCACAUGUCAAUGCCUCAAAUGCGUAUACAUUAAACGAGGCUCUUUCAAAGGGAUCAAGUUGCGCGCUUUCAUUGUGAUGAUGAAGCGUUCUCCUCCACUCCGCAGAAAGUUCCGUGCCCUUCGCAAACGACACGUUCAAGUCCUAUGCAAGAAUCCCAAAGCUCGUCCCAGACACGAGCAAGUGGAUGUCAAAUUGUUUGUGAAGAAAACCAGCUCCAAGUACGUGGACUUCCGGCAGGAGGGAGACUGGUAUCCGCUGAAGGAGUUCUUUGACAUGAAGGCAGAUGCAGAGACCAAGAAGAAGCUGCGCAGCAUUGUCCAGAAGCGAACAUGGCUCGAGAAGAGAGGAUUUAAGAUUCAAAAGGAUGAAACCGGCGUUGAUGGAGUGGUGGUGAUGCCAGAUGGUGGCCGGAAGAAGAUCUUGGUUGGCACUCGCAUGGCAGCCACCAAGGAGAAACGUGUUGAGCAUGAGGGCCAGACAGGUCAAGACGAAGCCUUUGACAAGUCCAAGAGUGGGUUGAAGGUUGAGAGUCAGACUCAGGAAGAAGUUGCUCAGAACUUGAAGGACGUGAGUGACAACGAUGAGGAGAUGGUGGACCCGGAGAGGGAUCAAGAGUCUGAUUCGGAAGAGUCUGGGUUUGGAUUGGAGCUCAAGAAGACAAAGAAGCGGGCUGCCCCGAAGAAGGCGGCGGCGCCUGCUACUAUGCCUCCACCCAUGCCCACUCCUCCUUCACAGGCCACUUCUGCAGGACUUGCUGACGCCUUGUCUGAGGCAACAUCUCAAGCACAAUCUGCUGCUACUGAGUCCAUGAGAUCGUCAAGAUCCGCACCAAGCAACAGGGUCAGCGGAAAAGGUGGCAAUGGCAAAGUCAAUGAGAAGACUCUGCAGCAAACCAACGCUCUUUUGGUCAGCUUGCAGCAAAUCGCGAGCCCUCUUCAUUUGUGGCAGCAGCCAGCUCGCUGCAAAGAUGCUGAUGUGAAGGUGAGGAAAGCUCUGGACCGGUGUGGUUUGCUAGAGACAGCUGACACAGACGAGGCUACCAAGCUGCAGAAUGAGCUCUCCAGAGUGGCCACUCGUGUCAGUGAAUGGAUCGAACUAAUUGCUCAGUUCAAGAACGAAGACAGCAAGGAGUCCAAGCAGCCUAUGUCAUCAACUUUAUCCACUCACGCUUCCCAGUUGUGCACUUGCCUUGAGGGCCAGUCAGCUGAUUGCGUGAAAGCAAUCCUCUUGGACCUUGGAAAAAUGCUGAUUGAGGCGUGCCUCUCCAAUGAGACGCCCGGUUCUGAUGAGCGUGCGGCAUUCUUCCAUUUCAUUUCCAUGGAGCCCAUUACGGAAGAUGAGCUGCCAGCCUCACCUGGCAUGUUCAAUUUGGGGCUGGUUCUCAAGAAGAAAAUCUGCGACGGGGGCAUUUUGCUGCAAAUUCAAGCCUCUCUCUUCAACUCGUGGAUUGACAAGUUGAGGACAGUUCCCAGUGACGUGACCUCCUUGAUCUUGUCUAGCUUGCCGACGAAGUACAACAUUGCCGAGGUUCUCAGGAUUCCCAAGCCGGAUUCUGAAGAGAAGCUGGCAGCUUUGACAAUUGAUGACACCGCCCUUUCAACGAAUUCCACCGGAAUGUCGAUCAGAGUUUUGACAGACCUUCAGAAGUUGUAUGCGUGUCACAUGAUGUCAGACGAGGAGAAACCUUUGCACUCCUUCGGCCCAAGUGAGAAGAACCUCAUGAAAAGGAGAGUUGCUGUGGAUCAUUAUUCAGCCAGGCUGAAUUUGCUGUUCAGGAGCAACAAUGCACUGAGGAAAAUGUGGGCAGAAGGCAUCAAUCUUUCCAAGACUUCCAUCUCCAACGAGCAGGCCAACGCUAUGUGCAAGGAUCUUUUGGUGAAGGGGGCCAGUCUUCGGGAUGUAUUGAAGUCAGAGAGUGACCCGAUUCUCACUCCAGAGCUUCGAGAAUUGAUCUCAGGCUGCCGAAACUUUGUCGACGUGGCUGCCAACUUGGAUGACUCGAUGCAUGAUGCAAAGAAAGACAUGAACAGUCUGCUGGACGAGAUCAAGACGCUUUGCGACGACAAGACCGGAUCAGUGAUCUCAACCAACAUUGUUGAGUGGCUGAGCAAGCAGUGGAAUUUGGACAGUGACAUCCCUGCUGAGGAGGUCGACCUUCUGCUGAACUCGCUAGAGCCUCUUCCGAAGAUUGCGCAAGCCUUGUCAUUGCGAGGAGAGAUUCUGUCCACCUUCCUCAAGGUCGACAAUGGCGCCUAUGGUCAUUUGGUGAUCAUGUUGCAGAAGAUUGUGGACUUUGGUCAGGCUUCCCUCAAGGCAGAAGACAAAGCGCUGAGUCUUGCAUCAUCUUUGUCCUGUGAAUUGCAGGAGCGCUUGAAGAAGGCAGCUAACCUUGGUGGAUCCCUUCCGUCUUGGAUCGAGGCAGUGAAGUCAGCAGCCACACGGUUUCAGGGCAAGAUUCAGGACUGCGGCAUCGCCAAGCUCAAGGGACUACUUGCCGCAGAGAAUGGGGUCUCUGCUGCCAGGGAAUUCCUCUCAACGUUGACUUUUGGGCCGGGUGACAACCUCUACGCAGCCGCAGAGGUGUUGAAGCAACACGAGCUCAUGCAGAAGUCAGUGACCAACCCUCCUGGUGACAUGCCGUCAUUUGUCAAGCAGGUGAGUGGCGUGAUGACCAUUGCCUGCCUUGAUCUUCCCAUGUUGGGAAGCCUUCUCCCAGAUGAGCUUCUUUCUGUCCAGAACUACCUCGACCAUGUCAGUGACGUUUUGGGCACGGAAGUUGAAACAGUCCAGACCUCUCUCACGGACUUGGAGACCUUGAUUAAGAAGUACAGGCCGGUCUUGGAGGCUGUGGAGUUUUGGCAGCCUGACAAGAUGGACUCUGUGGCAUGGAUGUUUGAGGGCAGCACGAACGUCAACAAAGACACCGAGGAAAUCAUCAAGCAGAGAGAGAACUUGGUGUCUAGCAUCACACCUUUGCAAAUGGUCUACCAGGGUAAGCAUGUCGUCAAGCAUUUUGAGAGGCUUGCCAAGCUCAUGACCACCAAUCCAGGAGUGGUGAGAAAGCUUCAGGAAGCGACCGAUGCGGCGGGAAAGAUCAUUGCCACUAUGAUGAUCGUUGACAUCGUGCUCAAUGAGACGAAAUACCCAAAAGUGAAUGAGUCCUACCGAAAAGUCUGCAGCUUCAUGGCCAAAAAGUUUGGAUUGAGCCCUCCAGACAUGGCCCCGAUGGUCAAGACAAAGGUGGAUGCGCUUGUUUCCAAAGCAGCGAAAUCUGACAAGACAAAAGCUGACUCCACGAAGCCUGAGGGGUCUAAAUCCCAGAAGAGGAAGGCUGAAGGUGAGGCAAAAGAGCCUGCCAAGAAAGUCCAAAAGAACAAAUCCGCCAAGAAGUAGGUGGCGGUUUUUUGACAUUUGGGGAGCUUCAUGAGCAAGAGGUGUAACAGCACUUGGAGCUAGUCUGUUUCUAGUUGC